AUGCUAAGAUUAAGUCUCUGGACUAGGCUCUGGACGAAGGCUAAAGCCAAGGCUCAUGCUCAUGCUCAUGCUCAUGCUCAUGCUCAUGCUCAUGCUCAUGCUCAUGCUCAUGCUCAUGCUCAUGCUCAUGCUCAUGCUCAUGCUCAUGCUCAUGCUCAUGCUCAUGCUUAUGCUCAUGCUCAUGCUCAUGCUCAUGCUCAUGCUCAUGCUCAUGCUCAUGCUCAUGCUCAUGCUCAUGCUCAUGCUCAUGCUCAUGCUCAUGCUCAUGCCCAUGCUCAUGCCCAUGCUCAUGCUCAUCCUCAUACUAAAGUUAAGACUAUAGCUAAACUUAAAGCUAAAGCUGACACGAAAGCCAAGCUAAAUUUUAAAAUUUUCAUUUCUAAAAAACUAGCCCAACACUUUGACCAACAUGUCAUACCAAAUAAACAUGUAGCUUUAUAUAUCAUAUCACGGAACUAAGACUGGACAACUAAGCGCCUUUGACAUACAAUGAACAAUGUUUCGUUGGUCUUUUUUGGGCUUCCAAAAAAGGGAUAAAUCAUUUAGACGGAAUCCCGGCCCGUCCGGUUCUGAUGCCUCGAGGAAUAAAAUAAGAUGGCGUUUGGUGAGUUAGCAUAAAUGACAUUGUGUAAAUGAGCAAACUUCAACAAAUUUCAUGUACUGUUCAGAUUUUAGGAAGACCAACCCAAAGCCCUAGCCCAAAGCCCUAGCCCAAAGCCCUGGCCCAGAGCCCUAGCCCAGAGCCCUAGCCCAGAGUCCUAG